AUGGAUAAGGCUGGUGAAGAAGAACGUAGAAGAAGCAUGAUAAUAGCUUGGCAGAUUUGGGAAAUGCGGAACAAAUCAAUUUUCAAAGGUGUUCAUUCAGAAACUAGAGAUAUUCAAUUGGUGAUUGACAGAUACAUAAUCAACAGUGCAGGUCGAGACACAAAUCUAAAAGGAAAGUCGGCAAACAAGGACUUGCACCUGAUAAGGCGAAUUGGAGAUAAUACAGGUGCCCGAUGGAAACCUCCCACGUCAAAUUCAUGGAAGUUAAAUACGGAUGCAGCAUGGCGAGCUGAUACAAACACUGGCGGGAUUGGCUGGAUUUUAAGAGACGAGAAGGGAGAAGUCAUCAAAGCAGACUGUAGAAUUAUAAGAACGGAAAGAAAUAUUACUUACCUAGAGGUGAUGGCUAUUUGCGAGGGAUUGCGUGCGAUUCGACAAGAACACUGUCGACCAAUUCAACAAGAACACUGUCGACCAAUUCACUUGGAAUCUGACUCCCUCGAAGCCAUUCAUCUACUUCACAGACAGUGUCAAGAUCAAACUGAAAUUAUUUGGCUUUUGGAAGAAAUUUGGCAGAUGAUGGAAGAUAUGAAGAUAGUUUCAAUGAGACAUAUCAGUCGAGAGGCAAAUAAGGUGGCCCAUGACUUAGCCAGACGAGCGAUGGAAAACGAUUUGAGGGAAGAGUGA